AGUUUCAUCCACAAAAUACAUUUUAGACAAAGUAAUAGUGGCCGAUGUAUUAAUGGUGCAGCGGAUUGAGAAUGCAGUGGGGAGGAUUAAGGUCAGGGCAGUGAGGUAGCAGCUUGCUCGGUCUGUCAGCGCUGUCAAAAGUCCAGCACUGACCUCGCUGAUGGAAAACAAGCACAUGCUGGGGGAGUCGAAAAGAUCUCAGCUUUUUUUAAAAAAAAAUUGCACCGACAUUCACGAUUAAGAUUGUGCUGGACCAAUCAAGUUAAGAAUGGAGCUGACCAAAACAUUCCUUCUCAUCUCUUUAUGCUUUUGGAUUGAACUAGGCUUGUCUAGUGAUAAAUCUUCAAAGAAAGGAAAGUCCAAGAAGAAGCAACAUCUGUGUCCGUCUGAGCAGUCUGCUGAAGACCUUGCACGAGUACCUGCGAAUUCCACCAGCAACAUCCUCAACAGAUUACUUGUUUCAUAUGAUCCAAGAAUACGGCCAAAUUUCAAAGAUAUUCCAGUUGAUGUACAAAUAAAUAUUUUCAUUAAUAGCUUUGGGUCGAUACAUGAAACAACUAUGGACUACAGAGUCAAUAUAUUCCUGAGACAGAAAUGGAAUGAUCCUCGACUUAAACUGCCAACUGAUUUUAAAGGUUCAGAUACGCUGACUGUGGAUCCCAAAAUGUUUAAAUGCUUAUGGAAACCUGAUUUGUUUUUUGCAAAUGAAAAGAAUGCAAAUUUUCAUGAUGUAACACAAGAUAACAUCCUUCUCUUUAUAUUCCGCAAUGGUGAUGUACUGCUGAGCAUGAGGUUGUCAAUAACUCUUUCAUGCCCACUUGACUUGACACUGUUUCCCAUGGAUACACAACACUGCAAGAUUCAACUGGAAAGCUUUGGCUAUACUACAGACGACCUUCGAUUCAUCUGGCAAUCUAAAGACCCUGUUCAGAUGGAGCAAAUUGCAUUGCCACAGUUUGAUAUUAAGCAAGAAGAUAUUGAGUAUGGAAACUGCACAAAGUAUUAUAAGGGCACUGGAUAUUACACCUGUGUGGAAGUGAUAUUUACAUUAAGAAGACAAGUUGGAUAUUACAUGAUGGGAGUUUAUGCUCCAACUCUUCUGAUAGUUGUCCUAUCAUGGCUGUCAUUUUGGAUAAACCCUGAUGCAAGUGCUGCAAGAGUACCUUUAGGUAUCUUCUCAGUUCUCAACUUGUCUUCUGAGUGUAUGUCUCUUGCUGCAGAGCUGCCCAAGGUCUCCUAUGUGAAAGCUUUGGACAUCUGGUUGAUUGCUUGCCUCCUGUUUGGGUUUGCAUCCCUUGUAGAAUAUGCUGUUGUGCAGGUUUUGCUGAACAGCCCAAAAAAAGUUGAAGCUGAAAGGGCUCGAAUGCAAAAAAAACUGAAGGCCAAGGAGCAGGCUGAAGGAAAAGUAUGUGGAAACUGGGUCAAACCAUCUUCUAAGAAUACUGUAAAUGGAACAGGUACUCCUGUUCAUAUUAGCACAUUACAGGUUGCAGAGACAAGGUGCAAAAAGGUUUGUACCUCUAAGUCUGACUUGAGAUCCAAUGACUUCAGCAUUGUUGGGAGCUUGCCACGUGACUUUGAAUUGUCUAACUAUGAUUGCUACGGAAAACCUAUAGAGGUUAACAACAGUCUUGGGAAGCUUCAGUUAAAAAAUAACAAGAAGCCUCCACCUCCAAAACCUGUCAUUCCAACUGAAGCAAAGCGGAUUGACCUCUAUGCAAGAGCUGUGUUUCCAUUCUGUUUUCUCUUCUUUAAUGUAAUAUAUUGGUCUGCUUACUUAUGAUCAUUCCACUGCAAGCUUUCACUGAGAUAUUUCACAUAUCAUUUAACCUGCUCCCUGUGUCUCUUAAACAUAACUUUUCAUUGUAAAUGCUCUGCGAUUGAAAAUUGAUUCAUAACCAGAUGCAUUUAUGUCAAAUUUGAAUGAAAGCAUGCAAUUACAAUGUGUACACUAUAAGCAAACAAUGUUGUAUAUAGCUGUACAACACCUAGGCUGCUUUGGAUAUCAUGAAGGUUAGACUACAUUACAAUCUUUCUACUGCUCUAAGUAUAACAUGUUUAUGGGAUUAUGAUGAGUCAUUUAAAAUGUGCUGCAGUCUUUCUGAUAUCUUGUACUUAUGCACGUUUAAUGUUACUAAGAUAAAAAUUAGGUAUAACUGUGCAAUUAUUAAAAAUUCUAUGUAUUCCAAACA